AGAGAGGCACACAGCACUUUGGGAAAGCACUUCCUGAGAGGCCAAAGGGCUCUUGAUCCACAGACCGCAGCCAACGCAGCCACCAUGGCCGAGAGACGUAUUCCUUUCACCCUGCUGAGGACCCCCAGCUGGGAUCCAUUCCGCGACUGGCACCAGAGCAGCCGCAUCUUCGACCAGACCUUCGGCAUGCCCGCCCUGCCCGAGGAGUUUGCCACAUUCCCCAGCACCCACUGGCCGGGGUACCUGCGGCCCUCCGUCCUGGCCCCCGACAUGGCGGCCGUGAUGCCUCACACUCCCAUGAUGUACCCGGGACACGUGAUGGCACACCAGGCCCGAGCUCUGUCCCGCCAGAUGAGCAGCGGCAUGUCCGAGAUCAAGCAGACCCAAGAAAACUGGAAGGUUUGCCUGGACGUCAACCACUUCUCGCCCGAGGAGCUGGUGGUGAAGACCAAGGACGGAGUGGUGGAGAUCAGCGGGAAGCAUGAAGAGAGGAAGGACGAGCAUGGCUUUGUGUCAAGAAGCUUUACCAGGAAAUACACCCUCCCCCCGUCCGCCAACGUGGAGAAGGUGACCUCCUCCCUGUCCCCUGAGGGAGUGCUGACCGUGGAGGCCCCCAUGAUCAAGCCCGCCCUCGAGUACUCAGAGACCACAAUACCCGUCAACGUGGACACCAAAGGCGGCGUGGUGAAGAAGUAGAAACUAAACCAGAGCAGCACCCCUCCACUCACACACACACACACACACACACACACUCAGAUAAGCACUGUAGUUGCUUCCAGAAAGACGAGGGAAAGCUUCGCUCUUCCUAAAUCAGGUUCGUCCUGCCUCUGGUAAUGAGACGGCCCCAGCUGAGCGCUGUGUAAACACAUCUGCACCACUGCCAUAUGCCAGCUCUCCACACUGCAAUUAAACUCUACUCUUCAACAUUUCAGCUUCAUUUCUGUCAUCCCACUCACACAAACACACACACACACACACACACACACACACACACCUUUCUAUUGAGCGAAUCCUCUCUCAGAGACAAAGCGGACUGAUCGUGUACGUUUAAAGGAACAGAGGUCCAUGAAGCGCGACGACAUUCUGGCCUCCGCUGGCUUCAAAAUGUUCAGCCAUGCAAGCAGAAAAUAAAGAAAACCUA